UGAUAACGAUUCUGUCAGUUUAGAGCAAAUGAGGCCUUAAAUUUAUUUUAAUGACUUUAUUAAAUUUUAAAAAUUUAGUUUCUUCCUAUAAUAUUUAUGCAAUUGUUUCAUAUGGCUGACAAUCUAAAUCCUGGUGAUUUCUUAGAUCUCAUGAUGGUCAAUAUUGAUAAGCUGCAUUAUAAUUAUCUUUCUGCACAAGAAAGCUUAAGAAAGUUGGAUGAAAAAAAUCAUUUAGAAGGACAUAUAAAAGAUUACCUGAUGGUUGCUCCACAUGAAAAAAAGUUUUGUUAUCGCGAAACAAGCCAUAUUCUUCAUAAAAGUGCUGAAGAAAAGGAAAAUUUCAGUGGAUAUGGAGCAUCUGCUGCAUGGACAGCCAUUGCUGCUUAUGCCCAUAAUCUGUUAGCACAAUCAUGGAGAAAAGAAUUCAGGGAAAUUAAAGUUUAUAGUGGUUAUUUUAAGCAUAAUAUUGAGAGUGGCUUAACAGGUGCUGAAUUGAUGUUAACUUUAAUGGGAUACAGACCAAUUGGAGAUGAUGGUACAUAUAUACUCGAAGGACCUGUUGAUCCUGAUAGAGUUGUCAAUGUCUCACGAGACUCACUUGUUGCUUUAGUUGAAUGUCAGAUCUUGUGUUCAUUAAAAACUGAUUUAAUCAAAAGUGGUUUUGAUUGUUCUUGGCUUGAGAUUCUAGAAUACAGAGAAUUACAGCCAUGUUCCCUAGAGCAGGCACUUCAUGGAUUGAUGUUUCAGUAUAGCCAAAGAUAUUUAAACCCUUGUAGAUCUGACUGUUAUUCAAAAGCUCAUAAUAUUCAAGAAAGGCAUGGCUAUAAUCAUCCUCACUAUAGAUAUCCUAAUAAUUUGCAGUUACCUUAUUUUGGUAAUGUUUCUAAUGGAAUUCCUUUGUCAUCUCAUUCCUGUUCUAUGAGUAAUUCUUUGAGCAAAUGUGCAACUUGCCAAAAAGAUUUUGCAGUUAAUCCUUCUUUACGGCAAAAUUAUACUUGUUCUGUUCCUACUGCACAACUUAUUGAGUUAGAGUCAUCUUACCUGGGAAAAGAUAAUUAUAUUUAUGAUAACGACAAUCAAAGAAAUAUUGAUAAAUUUGAUGGUAGAAUUUGUAAUAGUAGCCUGAAUGACAGUAAUUCAAAUUUGUUGAAGUAUAAAUCUAAAGAUCCUGGUUGGGAUAGUUGGGGAGGAGGAACAUCAUAUCAUUCUCCUGAAAAUAAAAUAAAAAAUCACAAAUAUGAAUAUUCAAUUGACAAAAGACAAAGGCCAAAUGACGAUUUCAUUAAAAAUGAAGAACUUGAAGAAGCUUUAAAGGCUUUUAGUAUGGGGGAUUCUCAUUUAAAUUCACAGCCGUCUUGUUCUACGGCUGAUUUAAAAUCAUCUGAAAAUAAAAUUAUAAGGAAAAAGUCUAAACAUGAAUUUAAUAGUACACUCCAGAAUUCAACUCAAACACUUGGACGUGAAAAUAUUAAAAAACAUGAUAUAAAUUAUAUGUCUUUAAAAGUUAAAUUAAAUGAUAAAUGGGAGUGUUCUGCUUGUACUUUCCAUAACAGUAAUGAGAAAGAAGUUUGUGAAAUAUGUAGUAAAAGUAAAACUUUAGGAAAUGAGGUUCAACCUCUUAUCAGUGGUGGUAGGCAGUGUCCAAAGUGUACCCUUGUCAAUGAAAAGGGAGUCACAUUAUGCGAUGCCUGUGGAACAAAUUUAAAAGAUUCUCCCACUUACAUAUAAUAUAUGCUUUUUGAUAUACUUUAUUCCUGAAUAAAGUAGUAAACAAGACCUUAUAUUUUUUAAAAUUAUCAUUUACUUGACAAUAGACGUGAUUUAGUUUUGGUUUAGUCAAAAAUCUAAUUUUUAUCCUUAUUUUGGACAACAUAAUUUUUAUAUUCAUUAUAUUGUUAAUGAUUCACUGAAAACAGUUUCAAUUAUAAUCAAUGUUGAAAAUCCAAUGAAUGUUAGAUUUUGUUAAUUUUAACAAAUGAUGAAGACCUUCAUACCUACUGAAUGUUAAUGUGUGCAAAAGCAGUAAUUUUAUUUUAUAAUUAUUAAGGACCAAUUUAUAUGAAACUUGUCCAUAUUACUUAGCUAUUACAAAUUUUUUCUGUUGCGUCCUAUAGUUUAUUAAAUGAUAUACCCAAUCUAUGUAGAAUUAUUUGAAAUAUUCUAAUUAUUUUGAAAAAUGUUUUAUUGGUCACUUCUUAAAACUUCUACUAAAUAUUUUACUGAAACGAAAACAUGUCAGUGUUACUUUGAUGGCAAUUAUCUGAUUUACUUUAUUUUAUAUACAAGUAUUUAUAAUUUUAUAUCAUACAAGGAAAGUUG